UGCAGUCUUGGCCUCUGGACCACCAGGAAAGUCCCAGUCUUUAAUAUUCUAUCAUGUCCCAUUCAUUGGUUGUUCCACAAAUAUUUGUGGAGUGCACCCAAUAUGCCAGGUGUCGUGUGGCUUGGGCAAACAGCUGUGUGUAGGACAAAUGUGUCAGUCAAUGCAUACAGGGCAAGAGGCACUGUCUAUACUGCUCAGAGGCACUGGCUGCUGAUUUCCAGGUUCACAGCUGUUCUAGGGAACUGAAACUGCCUGGGUAUGUGAGAGGAGCAUUGGUGUGUUUCAGAUGGCUGUCAUGGGCAUGAGCCCUGGACCCAUCUCUAAAUAUCCCCACUUAGGGGGGUUUUCUGGUAGAAGCAAAGGAAAGCUUCAGGACCAGUACUUGACAGAGACAUCUUCUUCCAUGAGCUGCUUCUUUACUUUUUAAACUCAUUUUUUCAAAAGGUAAUAGGCUCACGUGGUUCUAAAAUUCAAGACAAAACAGUAAUGUAUACAAUGAAAAGACUCGUUACCACCUCAUCUAUAUCUGCCAGGCACCCACCUCUGAUAAUCAUUUGCGACAUUUUUUUUGUAUGUAUUAUUCUAAUGUUUCUUUAUGCAAAUGCAAGUAUACAUGCUUAUUUUUUCCUUUCCAAUACAAAAAGGUUGUCUACAAUUUAUAUACUUCUGUGCCUAGAUUUUUGCUCUAACGGUAUUUCUCAGAGAUAUUUCCAGGUAAGCUGGGCCCUAAAAGAUAAACAAGUUGUCAAGGCAGAGACGGGUAUUUGAGACAUGAGGGGAGCAUGUCUAGAAGCUGAUUCCAAGAACCAUGGAUAGAGUUCAUGGUGGAACAUGAGCAACUAAAAUUGGAACUAAGAUUGGAGAGACAAGCCAAUACCAGGGAGAGACUUCAGGUGAUGAGUGUUCAUCCUGAAAGAACUGAGCAGUCUUUAUGGGCUUAUAAGUGGCAUUGAAGUGGUCAGAUCAUCUUCCAGCUACACUUCUCUACCCACUCUAUUCCUCUGGACUCCGACAUACCAAGACCAUGGUAGUGUGUGUCCAUUUCACCCCAGGGGAUCAUCUGAUGCCUAAACCCAGACCUCACAAUAGCUGCCAUGUAGGCCAGUUAUGAUGCAAGAUGUUUGUGACUGUCAUUUGGGUUCGCAUUAAAGCUGUCUUAGAAAGAAACUCCAGGCACUGACACCUCCCAUCCUAGCCUGGAGCCAGAGUAUGAUCAGAGAAUGGGAGAAUGGCUGUCCGAAGAUUGGAAAACAGAGGGCUAGAGAUUCAAGGGCCCAAGAAAAGAUGACUACAGAGGGGAAGUUAAAUAAGAAUGGAACACCGAUGCAAGCAUUCAAUAUAAGCGAUUCCUUCCUGAAUAAAGAGUCCCUCUACUCCCAAGGGGAUCUAUGCCCUGCUGCACCACUGGGGAUAUGGACCAAAUUCUACAAGUCAGACCCACGCAUUGCCCUCGGGAAAUACUCCCCCUUGGAGAAAGAGAUCCUACGUCUAGGUGGCGUUCACACCGUGGCAGCCAGGAGGUUUCUGACUUACAAGCAAGAGGAAGAACAGAAAAUGCUCAAUGAACUACAGACACUGUCUUCAGACUACAAACGGGCGGUGGACUAUAAAAUGCAGCACUCCCGUCAUUGUGCCACCUGUGGGCCCCUGGGGAAAAUGUGGACAGCCAAAGUGAUCGUGUCCCCGGAGGAGUUCAGGAUGCCCCGGCGGGAAAGGCUGAACAUCAGCAAGCACAUAGAGCGUAUGCAGCUGGCAAGAGCCCUGCGGAGCAAGCAGCUCCUACCCUACAUUGAAAGGUUUAGGGGCCCUUCGCUUCUGCCUUCAGGGGGCCUGGGCCCCACGGCAAAGCCCAGGGUUGGGGAAGGCCAGGAUGAUGGCAAUGCUGAUGAUGCCAACGAUGCCCAUCAAGAGGGGAGAGGCGAGGCGGAGAGCAAAACCUCCAAAAGACAGGAAAUAAAAAUGAACGUCAUUUUCAAGUCAGAAGAAUCCAAAAAAUGCAUGACAUACCAUCCAAAUGAUCUAAAACCAUUCCUCCCCACAAAGAAAGUGGAAAGGUCCAUCACUGGCUUAACAAACAGAAGUCUUUUGCACGUGGCAGAAUUCCCUGGAGACCUCUUGCUAAUGAAUCAGGAUUUUCUGUCUCGGGGGAUCUACCCCAGUUAUGCAUCACAGGCCACCAGCCUGGAAAAAGAGAAUGCCUGGAAAGAGUACAUGUGCAAAACUGCUUCCCAUCAUUAUUAAAGUUUUAUUUAUCUCCA